AGGGGCCUAAAGCCAAACUGGAUUCCAUUUGUCCAUUUAAUAAGUGGAUGACAGAGCAAAAGGAGCUCUAUCCCAAAGCCAGGCUCGAAGUCUAUGAGAGUCUGGAAGAGUUUGUGAAAGAUGAAGCCUACGAGACGGCACCAGGCGAGUUUGUGAUGAAGCUGAUCAGAGUUUUAACAGAUAAGGGUGAUCCUGACUUCUGUGUAGUAGCUUCUGGAGGUCAAAGUUUGGAUCCAAAUUUACUGGACAAAACGGACGUUUUCCUGUUGGAAACUCCUGAGCGUCUGAUUGUGUGGAUUGGUGACCAAGCCAGCUCUUGUGAAAAGCAAAAUGCUUUAUCCUAUGCACAAACUUAUCUGAGAAAAUAUGGCCAGAAUCCCAUCUGCGGCAUUUCGUGCAUGCGAGAAAACAACGGAAAAUUACCAAAAUCAUUUGCAAGAGCUGUAGGCCAGCACAAAGGUGACCGUGGCGCGCAGGACCAUCGCAUGUAGACUGCGUUGAUAACAUGUCUUGCAAAGAAUUUGCCUUCGAGAAUUCUUUAACAACACCAACAAAGACACGCUUCAUUACUGUUUUACACAUUUAGUUUACAACGUAACGUAUUACAUAAAAAUGUAGUUUUUAUACCAUGUGAUAUUACACAUGUGUAAGGUUUUUGGAUUUAUACCAGAUGACAGCUUGAGCUUAGUAGGGGGUCCUUAGUAUAAAGUUGAUAAGACAAAUGCUUCCAUAGUGAUAGGUAAUUAGCUUUUUUGAACGAACAAAGGUAGCCGAUUGGCUCACUAGAAUUACCAAGUUAUCAAUUUGAAACUGGAGACGUUGUGAUACUGAGAAAUUCUUUCUGUCAUAGUUUUGUUCUACUGCACUUUGCGGAUCCAGUAAAAAAGUACAUUUCAGUUUGCUCCUGAGCACAUCAAUGAACCAGGUUUCAUUUUUUUAAUGGGUUUCGACCAACUGAGCUAGGUCUAUUCUUAUCAAAAUCCUGUCCAUUGUACAAGUAAGUUUAAAUUAUUGGUUAUUUCAAGCGGCACCGCUCAAUAUUAAAGGGAAUUUGUUUCUCUGCUGUUAAGUUAUUAGCUCAAAAAUAUAAAACGCAGUCUUUGAUUUAGUGGUUAUCAGUUUUUUACUUUGUUGAGGAAGUGUCAUGUCUGUUUUGACACUUAAUUGGAGAGAGGCACUGUGAGAGCAAAAUGUCUUUCUCAAGCACACAUUACAGUGACUGAGAGCCUAUGCAGCAUCCCAAGUAUUAGGUCAGCUGUAUAUACAGCCUGAAAUGUCCCGCUUCGUCCGCCACUGUUUAUAGGCCACCAGGCAUUCUACCAGUCCUAUUCCCUGAUAUCUGUGAAGAACGUGUGUUUACUGCGCUUUUCAAUAACAUGCGGACUCUAAAAUUCAAUGCUCAACCGGCAAAUGCGUUUUUCGCUACCGUCAAU